UUUUGAAAAAAUACAACCGGAAAUCGCCUGUCAGCUGGUCCGCCUUGACAGAAUGUAGAGAAGAAGACGGGGGGGUCAAAUCAGAAAGCUCAGGACGGGCUUCAGAGUAUGUCCUCCCCGGUAGCUGGAGGAUAAACCCCGAACGGGAUGCUUGUGUCCCCCCGGCUCUUCCCGCUGUUCUGCCCCCGCCUCGGUCGGGACCCAUGAAGCCCCCGCCGAUGCAGACCCGACCUGCCAAAGCGAGGCGGAAAGCUGCGGGGGACACCGAGCAUGUACUGGCGCGUCGUCGGCUUCGCCUGGACGGGGUCGUGUGUGGUUGAUCUCGGCCGGAACCGGAGCUUCGAUGAGCAGCUGUCGCUCUACGGGUACAUCGUCGCCCACCCUCUGCAGGACCACGGCGGGAUGAUGUCGGCGCUGGGCUCGGACUCGUGGUGGAGGAAGACUCUGUAUGUGACCGGAGGCGCCCUGCUGGCUGCCGCUGCCUAUCUGCUGCACGAACUGCUGACCAUCAGAAAAGAAGAGGAGCUGGACUCUAAAGAUGCCAUCAUCCUCCACCAGUUCUCCCGGCCCAAAUCCGGGGCCCCUUCCCUCUCCCCCUUCUGCCUUAAACUGGAGACCUACCUCCGUAUGGCCGACCUGCCCUACCAGAACUACUUUGACGGGAGGCUGUCGCCGCAGGGAAAGAUGCCGUGGAUCGAGUACAACCAGGAGCAGGUCUACGGCACCGAGUUCAUCGUCGAGUUUCUGGAGGAGAGGCUGGGCGUGAGCCUGAACAAGAGCCUGACGCCGCACGAGAGGGCCUUGUCUCGCGCCAUCACCAAAAUGGUGGAAGAACACUUUUACUGGACUAUGGCUUACUGCCAGUGGGUGGACAACCUGGAGGAGACUCAGAAGAUGCUGUCGGUGAGCGGACCAUUGAGCGACCUGCUCAAGUGGAUCCUGAGUCACCUGACUGGCGGGAUCGUUAAGAGGGAAAUGUACGGCCACGGGAUUGGACGGUUCUCUAAGGAGGAGGUCUACAGCCUCAUGGAGAAGGACAUGCGAACCUUGGCCACCUUGCUAGGUGAUAAGAAGUACAUCAUGGGCUCCAAGCUUUCAGCAAUAGAUGCUACAGUGUUUGGCCACCUGGCUCCGGCCAUGUGGACUCUACCAGGAUCCCGACCGGAGCAGCUCAUCAAAGGCGAGCUCAUCAACCUGGCCAUGUACUGUGAGCGCAUCCGCCGGCGCUUCUGGCCCGAGUGGUUCGUGGACCUGGAGGACUUCCGCUACGACCUGGCCACUGAGCUCAGUGACACGCCAUCCAAGCUCCCAGACCUGGGCCUCUACUCUCGCACAGACACUUCCCAGGAGACGAUUUACUCGCACACUUCUCCGCUUUCCCACCUCUCCCACCUUUCGCACACUCCCACUCCACAGGAGCCCCCAUCGCCCGUCAGCGACCCCACGGGCCACUCUCUCUACGACUCCGACAUGGACACCGAGUGCUCUGAAAUAGACCAGCUCAAGUGUUGACAAAACACGACACACACCCAUAGAUACGCACACCCACAGGGGGGAGCUAGAGCUCACCUACCUCUUUGAACAUUUAAUAGCUGAAGAUUCCUUGUGUUGGUACAGAUAUACAGAGCAGAAAGAGGUGUCCCUGCAAAUCUCCAGUGGAGGAAGAAAGUAGCCAACAAAAAAAGCAACAGGUUGCAAAGUUAAAAGGAGUAAAUGACGCGGCUGCUGCUGAUAGACUCCUCCAGGUUCUCCACGUCGUCGGCAGGCAAAACCCUUUUACAUACUUGGCAUCUUGGUGAUCAUGGCAGCUACAUGUGCGCGCGCCCACUGUUUUUCCUCGUAGCAACGUGCGCCACCAUUCAGCCGCGUGCGGAUUUUCCACUGACUGGUCCUUGAACGCCUCUCGGUGAAGUUACGUCAACACCUGCAGCUACGCCAGACUGAAUCCAAGCCGUUCAGUGUAAAUAUUUCUAGGAAUCAAAGUAAAUUAAUGGAUAGGAUACGGAAUUAUAUUAUGCAUAUAAAGUGUGUAGAUAAUCUGAAAACCGAAACUUAUGUCCUUUGUUAUAUAAUGUAAAUAUUGUUAGUGUUUCUCCUUUAAAGUCCAGUUUAUGGUGGUCCUCGAUCAGCAAGAAGACCCCUGAAAACUUCUGUCCUGUGUCCCAUCUGCUUUCGCUACAUGGAUCGAAGUAAUACCUGCAGUCACAUCUAGAAGUGUAGAAUGUAUCCAACAUAGGAAUUUAAAAUCUGUGCAAAUGCCAUCUAUCGCUUCUGUACAUCUUGUUUCCAAAGAGCCAGACUGACUUAUUAUUUUUCAAAGUGGUUUCGAUCAAUGCCUGACAAAUCAGUUUCCUUUCAAAGGUUGCUAAGCCACUUAACUUUGUGCUAUGCUUCAUUAAGGCAUAAAACAAACAAUGUUCAGGAUUUACACACAGGCUUAAAAUUUAUUAAACUUAUUUUUACUUAUUUUAGGACUUUUGCUGCAUGUCUUUGCCUUUCUCAGUCUGCCCACUUGUUGUCUGGUGACUGUCAAUAAAGGCCUCUGGUGCCAAAGAAAAUCUUAAAAACAACAACAACAAAAAACAUACAGUUUGUUCCAAUUUUCUCACCCGAAUCUUUGAAAACCAGAGAAAAGCUGCAUAAAUCUAAAGCACAUUUUAAAAGUCUUUCAUUAUUUCUUCAUCAUUUGAAGAAAUAAUGAUGGAGACCACGUUGAAAGAUGACAGAAAAAAGUCUGGCUCUUUAUUGCUGACAAAUCAUUAGCAAAAUGAUGAACAGUUUUAUACUUUUACACAUUGUGUUUUUACUUUGGCCACAGCUUUGGCUAAAAGAAAUAUCUAAGAUGCAUUCAAGCAUUAAGAGCACGUUACACAAUCUCUUUAAAAAAAGACUAAAUUCUCACAUAUUGAAUUAAAGCGCAUGGCUGGUACGUGCCCACAAAACUAUGCCUUUAGGCUUCCUUUCAUUUAGUCAUAGAUUGCCUGGUUAAGUCUGAUGUUGUGUUGAUUUAUUAUUUUUUUAGCUACAGAGAGACAAAAGCCCCAGCUGGUUUGUGGUGUUGUUUUGGAUCUGCAGCAGGAAGGUGUAGGGUUUAUGUGUGUUUGUCACUCAACAAAUGCUCACAGUGCAGCAGCAGGGGCGUCUGAAAAGCUGCUUGAGGUGGAAAGUAUUCACGUUUCUAUCCAAAAUUAGGUUCACUUUGUUUUAUUGCUAUGCGCGUUUGAAUGGUGAUACGUUGCUUCAGCUUCAGCAGAUGUGCACUUUAUUCAUUGUCCCUGGGGCAAAAGAAAAAAGAAAAACUUUGCAGAAACAGCUUUUGCUGCCAUCGAAGCUGCCAGUCUUUCUCCAUCAGCUUGGCACAUCUAAAGAUUGGAGAUUUCUGACCAUUGCUCUUUGCAAAAUAGCUCAAGCUCUUAUUGCAUGGCUAAUUGUAUCUACAGAUUCUCCCACCUGAGAUUUGAAAAUCUGAGCCUCCUCCAGAGUUAUCUCUCUUGGCUACUGGUCUUGGUGGAUUUGAAGUUGCGUCACGAUGUUUUCAUUCUGUGAGAUGUUGAAAGCUCGGGAUACUGUUUUCUAACCUAACCCCGCUUUAGACAUCUCUGCGACUUCCUCCAUGACUUGCCUUGCCGUGUUCCUUGGUCUUCAUCGUGCCGUUUGUUCACUAAUGCUCUGGCUAAACCUCUGAGGCCUUUGUAGAACAGCUGGAUUUGGUUAAAUGACACACAAAUAUUUCUGCUGUUAGAUGCACUGUUUUUUUUUUCAAGGCUAUCCACACCACACAUUGCAGAUAUUGACUUGUUAAAGUUAAAGCACUACUUUUUGUUGUUCUGUCACUUAAAUCCCAACAGCAUGCACUGAGGUCUGUAGACAAACACGACAAAAUGUGAAAAGGUUCUUGCUGCAUUUUGCAAGGCAGGAAAAAACUACAGAAUUGCUGGACUAAUAUCAAAGAAGACAGGAAUGCCUUCACGAGUUACUGUAUGGGAGAGACCUUGAAGUAGGAGUUUAGUGAUGUAACUAACUAAUGAAAAAUGCAAACUUUUUGUUUUGUUUUCAUGCUUCAUCUUAAUAUUUUUCUCCUGCAUGAUAUUGCCUUUUGGCUCUACAAAGUUCAGGUUUGCUCUAUUGUUUACAACAGGGCCAAUAUAUGCUUUAAAUAUUUUUAUAUUAGUUCUUUUUAUAUUUGUUGAAUAUAUUUAGAUUAUUUUACCAAUGCUGGUUUAUUUAAUGUAAUUGUUUUGUUCUUGUUUUUAUGUGCUCAUAUUUUGACAGUGUUUCCUAUGUUUACAUGUUGCUCUCAGAAUAAUACGUUGAGCUGUGUAUCUGUGCAAUAAUGUACAUUCUCCUUUGACCUGCAGACAUAAAAAAAAAAAAAACUGGGCAAACAUUUUCAUGCUUCCCACGUUUUGCCAUGACU